AUGGCGGUUGAGUUCAACCUGUGCGAGGUAAUCCAGAUUAUGCUAGUCCUCGGCCCCAAGAUGCUCUGGGACGCGAUCCGCAAGGGAACCCUGAAAAGAAACAUCAGACGCAGUCGGGAAACAGUCUUUGCGCCGGUUAUCGAAUACCGUGAGCGACGAACACCACUCGCUUUUACCCCCAUGUUCCGCCGCGCGCUGACGCCUCCACCCUCGCCAUCACCAUCAGUUGAGCAGGGUGUUCCCCACAGCGCGGAGACAAUGGAUAUGCACAUGCAGACGCAGAGCGGGUUCUCCAAGCUCCCAAUCGAGAUUCGAGAGAUGUUGUACCAUGGAGUCCUCUGCGUCCCAUAUAUGCAUCUACACAAGGACGCGGGAAUCGCCAGGGUACACGGUGGACAGUACAACUACAUACUCCGCUGUUUACACAUGGUGGAUCCAGGCUUUUAUCAACCGGAGCCAUCCCAUCCUGGCAUAGGGCAGCUGCAUGUCUGUCGGUGGAUAUACUCUGAGUCAGUCAGCAUCCUCUAUGAGCACAAUACAUUCUCGCUAAACCAACACGCACUCAACGCUAUGCCCCGCACGAUCAUACCCACUAGAUUGGCUUCCAUUCGAAAAUUACGUGUCUACGUGUCCGUGACCACGGCCAACGACCGCAUGAGAUGGAUACAUGAAAGCGAAAUACUAAAGCAGUUUACGGGCUCCGCAGCCUAG